AUCAAUCAAAACACGGCAACAGCCGUGGCCCGUAUCGCAAAUCGCAGCAGUUUUCAUUUCAGUCAUAGUCAAGCAGCCAGCCUGUUGCAUUGCGUGUGUGUAUUUCACCAGUUACCGAAUCGCGUACGGUUUUGUGCUAUUCGAUAAUAAAUACAUCUGCUAGUGGUGUUAACCGUGUUGUGUGAACUAAUUAAACGUGUUACAUUAAUUGAACUGCGAAGAUAACGCGUUAUAGUUUUUGUGUCGAUUCGAGUGGUUUCAAAUUGACUUUUGACGUCACGCGCGACAACCAAUCGGUUGGCGCGAAAGAAAAAAAACUACACUCUGUUGCGUGUUUUUGUUUUCGUGCUCUCGAAGUUUAUUGUUUUGACUGAUUCGGAUGGAUCGUAAUAGGUGAAUGUUUGGAUAGUUGAAAAUAUGCUUUUAAAAUGUACUGCGGACGGGAGGCCGAUCAAACUCAACGGGGCGCCGGUCAAUCACGGGAAUGGUGCGAGAGGCAUGAAAAUGACUAUGUCUACGGCUCCGACGAUGAGUGCUCGGGUGCACAGGAAAGUGAUGCGGGCGCCGCAUAAGCGGGCCCACCCGGGUAAGACACAGCACCCGGGCAAAAUGGUACACUCCGGCAAAAUUGUACACCACCCGGGUAAACUGGCACAUUUAGGCAAAUUCGGGAAACUCGCGCACUACGCUCACACGCACUCCUUGCGGCCGCCCGAACCGUGCGAGAACAGUAACGACAGCGGCCUGGGACCCGAUCCCGUCAACAGAUUAUCGGACACUUUGGAGGAGUGGGAACACCCGGAGUUCAAACGAAGACGUGGCGACACUGAAGCAGCGGUUAAGCGAGAAUGCGAGGACGCGAACGACGCGUAUGCUUUCCGCGCACAGGGCCCCGGCGAGGCCGCGCCCGCCCCGGCCGACGCUCCCGCCGCAUCGCUGGCACCGGCCCUACCCGCUCCCGUAAUGAGAGCGGGUUGCAGUAUAUCUAGUCCAAACAUAGCUGAAACUCCCGGAAAGAGGUUCCAAGACCCCUACAGAUCUUGUGGGAAACUUGGCAGUGGAGGCAAGCUAGCAAACAAGUACCCUGGUGGGGGCAAAUUAGUUGGUGCAGGUGGAAAAUUAGGUGGCAAACUGGGGGGCAAGUACGGAGGAAAGUUGGCGCAGGCGAUGGCGCGGAGAAGGGCGCUAGCAGCCAUGGCGCAGGGCGGCAGGCCCGGGUUGGCAGCACCGCUGUCCAACAGGUCGAGAGAUGGCACGGUGGAGCUACAGAUACUGUGCCAGCCCGAGACACAACAUAGAGCGAGAUAUCAGACUGAAGGCAGCCGUGGUGCUGUCAAAGACAAUUCAGGGAAUGGUUUCCCAACAGUCAAAUUAGUUGGUUACGACAAACCAGCGGUAUUGCAGGUAUUCAUAGGAACAGACACGGGUAGAGUGGCACCACAUAUGUUCUACCAAGCAUGUCGGGUGUCCGGGAAGAACUCCACGCCUUGUAAGGAGAGGAAGGAGGACGGCACCGUCAUCAUCGAGAUUGAUCUGGAACCCGCCAAGAACUGGCAGGUCACUUGUGACUGUGUGGGGAUACUCAAGGAGCGCAACGUGGACGUAGAACACAGAUUCGGCGAAGCCCUAGGCGGCGCCACCGCCGGCAGCGUGGGCGCUGGCGCAGCACACAUCUCCCGCGGCAAGAAGAAGUCUACGCGCUGCCGCAUGGUGUUCCGCACUGACAUCGUCAACGCUGCUGGACAUCAGGAGACCUUGCAAGUUUGCUCCACUCAAAUUAUUUGCACACAACCCCCAGGCGUUCCAGAAGUGUGUCGCAAAUCGUUAGUGUCAUGUCCUGUAACCGGAGGCCUGGAAUUAUACCUCCUUGGCAAGAACUUCCUCAAGGAGACAAGAGUUGUGUUCUGCCAGAGACAAGACGGACGCACUCAUUGGGAAGAAGAGGUUACGCCUGACAAGGAGUUCUUGCAACAGACACACCUUGUGUGCUGCGUGCCCGCAUACUGCCGAACCGACAUAACAGAGCCGGUAUGCGUACAACUGUUCGUGCGGUCUGGAGGCAAGGCGUCGGAGCCCCACGCCUUCUACUACACGCCAGGCGCGCUGGACACCGGGCCUCAGCACUGCAGCCGCCAUCAUUCAGCAGGUGGCGAGGACGCGCGGCCCGUGCUGCUGUGGGCCGGCAUCAUGCCGCCGCCGGCGCUGCCUGUCCGUCGCCCGUCCAUCAUCGUGCCGGACACGCAUGAGCCACAAGGACUGAAGAGCGAGAUUGAUGAAACCAGUCAGCAGUCCUUAGCCGACGGCGGCGAGUCGUCGUGCGGCGCCGAUGGCCCGGAUAAGCCCAUGAACAUGUCCGACGAACUGAACAUCGUCGACCUCCGGCUCAAGUCCGAGAUGUCUCGGGACUCCCAGAGCCAGGUGGGGUUCGUAAGCGGGUACGAUAGCAUGAAGCUUUCCCCGAGCACCCCGGCGGCCAGCGAGCCGCCAUCCCCACUGGCUUCGUUCACGCAGCAACUGCAAGCCAUACAAAACCAAGUCCAGACUGACAAGAUGGUGGAGAGUGUCACCGCCGCCAUCUUCAACUCGGACGACAACGCACCGCAGAUCUACCCCACCAUGCUGCAGCCCAUAGACCCCAUGCGACAACUCAUCUCCUCCAAAGCCGUUGAUCCUUUGGAAACCGACAUGAAGGUGCUCAACCCAGAACUCAUGAUCGCAGAGUCCGCAUGCACCAACGAGCAAAGACUGAUAGUGUACAACCAGAUGCAGACCCGCCAGGAGGAGCCCUUCAACCCCUUCACCAUCACCAAGAUGGAGAUGGGGACCAGUCAGAUCGAGCAGCGGCUAGCACAGCAGUCGGCUCAUAUGGAAGCACUGGUCGAGGAUGCCAUGAAGGCCACGGCCGCCAUGUUGCCUGACAACACUAAGUUGGAUGAGCUGGUCAAUUCUCGUGUGGACGAGUUGUCCGCGGCGGCGGCGUCGCCCGCGUCUCACGCGUCAGAUAUACUGCUGAGCCCUAACGCGGCAGUAGCGAGCCGUGGUGGUCCGCCUGGUGAGAGGCUGCCGCUGCCGGCCGCCAUGUCGCCCGACGUGAUCCUCAACCCCACCGUGUCGCCGUCGCUGCUGUGCGAGCAGCCGCGCCUGCUGCCGCCCGCCGCGCAGGACGACCUCAUGAUGAUGCAGGACUCCGUGCAGCUCACCUCCGUCAAAACUCCGCCCGCCGCCGUCAAGUCCAUGAUCCUCAACGCGGCCGCCGAGAUCCUCACCUCCGACACCACCAUGAACGCUCUCGUCACCUCCGCCAUCAACACCGCCAACAUCCUGACCACCGAGAGCGCGUCGAACUCGGGCGGCAUGCAGGCCACGGACGCGCAUGCACAGCCGCCGGCCGAGCCCGCCGGGGAGACUCCCCUCGUGGCCAUGUCGCAGGCCGUGUCGCAGGCCGUGACGCAGGCCGUGUCGCAGGCCGUGUCCCAGGCCGUGUCGCAGGCCGUCACGCAGGAGAUGACGGCGCCGGUGCAGGGCCUCACGGACAUGAGCGACCAGGACCUGCUGUCCUACAUCAACCCCAGCACCUUCGACCAGGUGUAAACAGGGCCGCGUCGCCGCUAGUCCCCGAGCGCGGGACACUUUGCCUACUGAAUGCAUUUCUUGUGUCGAGGGCUCAAACGCAGUUUUUAUGUGAAUUUUUAAUGGAUGUCAGCGUAGAAAUAAAGUAUUUAGAUAUAGAAGUAAUAAUCUCCGAGCGUGAGGGACGGUCUGUGUUGUUAUGAUUCUCAGUUCCCCUUUGUUCGUAGUGGACAGUUGGACGUCAAUUAAUUGAUCAUGUGAGUCAGUAUUACAGGGCAAAUCAAUUGUUGCAACGUGUGUCGCUUUGGAAUCCGUGGAUUGUCAAAACUGCGAGUUACAUAAUGUAUUUAUAGCAUGGGGAUAUACCAGACAUUGUUAUACUAAUGUACUAUUUCUAAGUAUACGCCUACACCGACUAUAAUAUCGACAAAUCCUAUAUUUAUUAUACCGAUAUUACUCUACAAGUGUGAAUUAGAUCUUAUACAUAAACAAUUGUAUAACUUUUGCAAUGAUUUCUCAACAAAACGAAAUCAAUUGUAUGUAUAAUGUAUUCGAUAAACUAAACAUGUAUGUAAGUAUGUGUAUGUAUGCACGGAACGAAUAUCUUUUUUGUAAAUAUUGUCAUGUUUGAAUAUUUAUAUAAGAGGAAUGGCGACGAGCGGCCCUCCAUACAAUCCGUCUGUAUUAGAAAUGAUAAUUUACGAUUUGUAAUUUUGUCUCAGAUUACGUGAAUUUAGUGAAACUUCAGAAUUGGACAACAUUCUACAGCAACAGCUGCGUGGAUAAUGCGUGUUGAGUUCGAUCCAUCUCCUCAAUGUGCAGCUCCUCCCUGUCACUUCUGGUUCCACCAGACGCCGACCCCUAGCCUAAGUUACCGAUACCGGCUAAGUUAGGCUUCUUCGAUAACCUAGCUAAACUAGCAUCUUACACACAGGCUUUUUAUCGAUAUCUAAACAGCCAAAAGGCUUUCUUCUACAAUCCUAAAAAGUCUUGAAAAUUUUUGAUGCACACAAUAAAAUUAUCAUUUCUUUUACGGGUUUAUGAAACUUUUCUUUAUUGAACCCACAUAAUUAGGCUAGGAUUUAAGCAAUGUUUCGGAGGUGUGAGCACUUUAUAACUGUGCUAAGCAAGUAAUUAAUAUUAUUGCUUCAUACUUCAGUCACAUUGCUCAGAUCCUUGUAAGUCUUCGGACAAAUAUGGCUAUGUUUCAAGUCUGAUUUAGCCAUGUUUGACUGCGGAUUUAUUUAGUUUAAUUCACUAAUUAUUACGUAAGGGCGGUUAGUCAGGCAUUUCAGUAAUAACAGAUACAUAUUCCCCUCAAAUCUUACACUAUAAAUAAGAUAUACCCUGACUAGCCGGCCACCGCCGCGCCAUCUUUUGUCCAUCAGAACAAACCCUUUACAAGAUCGUGAAGUGCUUCCCAACAACGAAGUCUAAAUUAUAUAAAGCUUUAACAAUAUUCCCGGCCACAACGAUACUAACCACACACACGAAACACUUCACAUAUUGUAAAGUAGCUAUAUUUUUAUAUGUUAUAUAUGAUUGUGAUAUGUAACUGAAUAUACAUAUUAAUCAACAUAGUAGUUAAUAUUUGUUUUAAGUAAGUAAGGAAAUUGUACUGAUGUGAUGUUAGAGCAAAGAGUAUAUUAAAAUUAUGUUAUGAACAUUUAUUAUUAGUUAAAUGAGUUUUUUAUAGAGUCGAAUGCUACAUAUUUGUGCCAUUUAAAUAAAUGUAAACGUAGGUAUAUGUUAGUGUAUGGAGCAUAUCGAUAGGGUUCUAUCAACGAGGGUAUUGGCCGACAUAACGAUGUAAGCGUGCCUUUAGGACAUUGCACAUAACUUUACGACAUUAUUGUUGCCAUAAGACGAAAGUAACAUUCAAUUAAACAGAUCAUGACCAUUUUAUACGGCUAUAUUUCGUCUUGCAACACUGGGACUUAUGGCGGUGACUAUGUCUAGUUUAAUAGAAAAAAAUAUACAUUAUACAGUAUUUCAAUCAGGGACCACGACGCAGAUAUACAAAUAUUAUACAAAAUAGACAUUUUGUAUACAAAGUCUACAAACAUUUUAUACUGAUAUAUUAGAUGCUGCAUAUGAAACGCACCAAAUACUAUGAUGUCUUUAAAUAUUUAUAUCUACUGUUAUGAACUCAAGGAAAAAUAUAUGUGUGAAACAAAAAUAUUAAAAAUUGUAUAAAUGUUAAAAAUUUGGUGCAUCGAUUGUGCUUGUAAAAUGUCUACAUUAAAUUAUUUAAAAUGUAAAAUGUAACUGUAGUUAAUUAUUGAAAGAAAAAAAAUAAAAUUACACGAACAUUUUCCAAGCAUGAUGUGAGUUUUUCAUGAUACAUUAGAUGUGAAGUAAAAUGUAUAUUACUAUACUACUGGGAAUCUCCACAGUCUUCCUUUCAAGUGUUUCUGAAUAUUUCAUAUCAGAGAUACAUCACAUUUACUGUAUUUUAUACCUAUCAUCAUUAUAUCAAACAGUUGUGUUAAUGGCGUAAAUUAUUUGAAAAGGAGAAGAUAGUUAAUAGUUUGUGUGAUAAAUACCUAAAUUGCGUGUUAAUUUUUGAGAAUUAUUAAGUUUGAGUUAAAUUAAUUAUUAAUUCGUUAAAAUGUAUCCUUGUUAAUUUGCUGAAAAAUAUUUAUACUACAUGAAAUUGUAGAUACAAAAAUGAUUUUGAAAAAAGUUGCUCAUUCCUCAAUUUUGUAUAUUUUGAUGUGUUUAAUAAUGAAAUUUGAACAGUGGUUGACUAUCUUCUUCGUUUGAAAGUAUCUGUAUAAAUUAUAACGUAUAUCAUUACGUACACUGAUAGAUCUCUAGUCGGUCUAAAUCGAUGAGUGCUAUUGCCGAGCGCGCGUUCAUCAAGUAUGUUAUUUGUUUUGAUGUAAUUAAUAAAUGUUAUGAAAAAUA